UCAUUGUAUUCUUCACAAAAUGAAGUAUUUAGGGUUAACUAUUCUCUUUCUGCUCUGCACUGUCUCCUGGGCUGAGGAUGAAGAACUUCAGGAUGAGGAAGCUCCUCUACCUAUCGCUCUAAGCAUCUUCACCAUCGAUGACGAUUCUUAUGGAAUCUCACUAUACGACAAAGUGAGCUGGUUUCAGGCUGAGCUCAUUUGCAGAGGAGCUGGUUACACUCUACUGGAUAUUCCAAACGACACCAUUCAAGACGACAUAAAAACAAUUUUGCUUAAGAGUGGUCUUGAUUUAAGUUUCCAAUCAAUUUGGACCUCAGGCACAAAUCUAGGAUCUAGUCAUUAUGUUUGGCAAUCUACUGGACAACGCAUUACCUAUAAUAAUUUCCUUGAAAACCCACCUACAGACCAUCCAUUUUGCAUUGGCUAUAAUGUCACAACUAAUUAUUGGCACCAUCAUUAUUGUCGGGAUGAACGUUAUUUCAUCUGCAAACAAUUUACAACGGCAACAUGUUAGUCAAAUGGGGUAAAACUUAUCAAUUGCUAAUAGUUUUGAUGACGGAAUACUAUAUAUCGUAUUAAAACUAUAUCUUAUUAAAAGACAUUUGCAAUCAGAAGUAAA